AUGGCGCGCCACGGGUGCGUGCCCGACGCGGUGCUCUACCAGACGGUCAUCCACGCGUUGUGCGCCCAGGGCGGGGUUGCCGAGGCUGCCAUUCUCCUGGACGAGAUGUUCCUGAUGGGGUGUGCAGCGGACGCGAACACCUUCGAUGAUGUCGUGCGCGGGCUGUGUGGGCUCGGGAGGGUGCGCGAGGCAGCCAGGCUGGUGGACAGGAUGAUGAUGAAGGGAUGCACGCCGAGCGAACUGACAUACGGGUUCCUCCUGCAGGGGCUGUGCCGAACAAGGCAGGUGGAUGAGGCGUGGGCGAUGCUCCGGAGGGUGCCGGAGUUGAACGUCGUGUUGUUUAACACGGUGAUUGGUGGGUGUCUGGAUGAGGGGAAGCUGGCUGAGACGAUAGAAUUGUAUGAGAUAAUGGGUUCAAAAGGCUGCCCACUGGAUGUGCACACAUACAGUAUAUUGAUGCAUGGUCUUUGCGAGCUUGGGAGGCUUGGUUUGGCCAUGCGGAUGCUUAGUGAGAUGGAGGAGAAGUGUUGUGCUCCAAACGUAGUAACCUACAUGACCUUGCUGCAUUCCUUUUGCAGAAAUGGCAGGUGGGAUGACACAAGAGCAAUGCUGGAUGAGAUGUCAGCGAAGGCCUUGAAUAUGAAUUCCCAAGGAUACAAUGGUAUUAUAUAUGCGUUAUGCAAGGAUGGCAGGAUGGAUGAGGCGGUGAGGCUCAUCCAAGAGAUGAAGACCCAGGGGUGCAAACCUGAUAUUUGCACGUACAAUACAAUGAUUUGUCAUUUGUGCAACAAUGACCAGAUGGAGGAGGCUGAACAUCUUUUUGAAAACUUACUUGAAGAGGGUGUUGUAGCCAAUGGAAUAACUUAUAACACACUCCUUCAUGCAUUUCUGCACCAUGGAAGGUGGCAGGAGGGCCUAAGGCUUGCAAAUAAAAUGGUACUUCAUGGUUGCUCACUAGAUGUUAUUAGCUACAAUGGGCUGAUAAAGGCCCUGUGCAAAAAGGGGAAUGUUGAUCGUAGUAUGGUAUUGCUUGAGGAAAUGAUGGAAAAGGGAAUUAAGCCAAAUAAUUUCUCGUACAACAUCCUGAUUAGUGAGCUCUGCAAGGCAAGGAGGGUACGCAAUGCACUAGACCUCUCAAAGGAGAUGUUGAAUCAAGGCCUCACGCCUGACAUUGUCACUUACAAUACACUCAUAAAUGGAUUAUGCAAAAUGGGAUGGACACAUGCUGCUUUAAAUCUCCUAGAGAAGCUACACAAUGAAAAUGUGCAUCCUGGUAUUAUCACAUACAAUAUUCUCAUUAGUUGGCACUGCAAAGUCAGAUUGCUUGAUGAUGCGGCUAUGCUUCUAAACAAAGCAGCAAGUGGGGGAAUAAUUCCUAAUGAGCGAAUAUGGGGAAUGAUGGUGCAAAAUUUUGUUAGGCAGCCGGCCAAUCUCGAGGGGUAUUACAACAUGAUUUAUUUCAUAUGUUGUAUGUUUUAAUGGCUGCCACGGUUUUGGGACUCUGCAACUUGGUAUGUUUCAAAUAUCAAAAUGGGCACAUCUUGACUUCCAGCAUAGUGUUCGCCAUGCAGAACUGUUGGAGCCUUUUCUCUUACAAUACUGAAGUACAGAUUAAGCACCAUAGCAAACAUACUAGCUUUUUCCUUUGUCAGACUCCAGCCAUAAUGUUGGCUGAAAAUGCUUGAAUGGGAAGAGAGGAUUUCUGGUUGUACAGUGGUAAUAUGUGUGAGACAUAAUGAAUCUUUCUACCAGUCCAGUCUUUGGACUUCCAACCUGCAGUAUCGAACCACCCCAAGAUAUUCAGGAGUCCACGUGCAAUCUCUAACCAAAUGUAUUUUCUUACAUCAUAUUUUUUCUGACUGGAAAAAAGGCGACAUAUUGUAUGGAAACAAGUGCACCCCAAAUGCUAUCUCAGCAUGUUGUUGUUUUGAAAUUUGACCCAACUUGCAUACAGUGUGUUCUUCAGGAUAGAACUAAUUUUAAUUGAGGUGCUCAAAGGUGGUUCAAGCUUGAUAGGAUCUUUCUGUUGUGGAGUAGCUAAUGCAUUUGAGAUUUUAUCUUAACUUUUGAGCAUAGCCAGACAAAACAAGUUGGAUUUACAUUUUUUUUCUGAAUAGUAUUUACUUGGAUAUUAUCAACAUGAUAGCUCCCUGCCUAAUCCAUUUCUUAACAUUUUGUUACCCUAGGUCCAGUUUCCUUUCUUUGCCUUCCUGCAACGAUUAUUCGGUGCCGGCUGGUGCCUUACUGCCUUUCUGAUACUCCUUACCGAGGGUUUUUCUGCUUUUAGAAUUCUUAUAGGAUGCUUUACCUUUAAGUCUAUUUCAGAUUUCCAUUAAUCAUUAUUCAUGUCACCUUACAAGUAAUAUGUUACCAUACACUAUAUGUUUAGCUUGUAGGAUAUCCUUAUGUCCUUUGAUUACCAAACGAAACUCACAGAAUUUAUUUGGUACAUUCCAUUAUCAGCAGUAUGAUAACUGUAUGGAUUUUCCAAAGACAGGAAUUCCUGUUUGGUACUGGAUACACCUUGAUACUUCAAAUAGAUGAAAAAAACCGUGUUAUAUUACUUUUUUCUUUUUCUGUGGGAGUUGUGAAACUGAUGUUUUGGGGAAUUAAGCCAUGGUGCGGUGGGCAUGGCCAAUAGUGAGACUAUAGUUUGAAACAUGAAAUAUUAUGAUUUAAAGAAGACCAAAUUAGUAAAUUAAAGCUUAAUGUGUUGUAUAGGUAGUUGGCUUACUAAUCGAUCAUAUGGAGGAACAAAUUGGAAGAGGGGUCCAUUGCCCGGUACGGCCUCCAUGUGGCUGCAUAAUUCUGUCACUGUUUAUCUGGGAGCUUGGAUGGAUUCAUGAUUCUCAUGAAAAUAGUGUGUUUGCAUUGAAAAAUGGAUUAAUCUCUUCUUCCCAUUCCGUUAAACUGGAUUUUAUCAUGAAAGUUCAAGUUACAAAGUUUUAUCUACUGCGUCUUCCCUAUGACUAUGCAAUGUUUUGCUUGGCGACUGUACUGUAUAAGCUGACUUAUGUAGUUUCCUUUUUUCUCAUU